AUGACACGAAUCGUACCGAACAUGUAUAAUCGAAUGCAUGUGUUAGAGACAAUUUACGAAGAUGAGGAAGAUACAAUUUUUGAGGACGAUUCCUCGAAAUUUACUAAUCAACGAUCUCGAUUAUCGUAUUAUAUUUGUUUGGGUUUGAUUACGGGAUGUUUUUUCAUCGUUAUUUUUAUUAUAACGAUGUCUUUCAAUCCUUCUUAUGUAACUAAUAAUUCAAGAAGUGUAUCCAACACUGCGUUGAACUCAAAAGAUAAAUUAAAAUUGUCAACAAUGAUCAUUAAUCAUCUUGGCAUUUUUUCACAUCAAAUUAAUGAACAAUUAACUUUCCAACCAAAUACAUUAACAUUUUUUACUUCGACUAUUUCGAAUUCAUUAUUAGAUGUUCAAAAUCAAACUUAUAUACUUUUGAUUUACAUUCAUCUAAAAUAUCCUCAAUCAUGUAUUGAUAAUAUUCAAUGUAAAGAAAAUUUACAAUUAAAAUUAAAAACAACUUUUAUGAAAUUAUCAAAUUUCUUAACGAAAAUUGAGUUCGAUUCUUACCAUGGAAAACAAAUUCAACUCAAUCGGUGUAAUUUAAUAGAAAAUUCAACAACAACAACUUUAAUAUCAUUAGUAUCGAUUAAAACUCAAAAUCAAAGUGCAACAGAAACAACUAUCACAUUAGAUCAUAAUAUUUGUGAAAAUAUAGAUCAAACUAUGUCUAUAUCAAAGCCAAUUGAUAAUAUAAUACAAAAUAAGGAUUCGACAACAAACAUUCCAAUAUCCAUCUUGGUGGAUAAUCAAAUAGUAACAUCUUCGGCUGAUGUCAAUAAAAAUAGUAUUAAAAAUGACGAAGAAAACAAUAUAAAUCAUAACAAUCCAAAGAAAUAUUCAAAAUAUGUCGAUGAUGAUAAUAAUAACAAUAAUAACCGACAUGAGAAACCAACUCGUCAUUGUAAUAAUGUUGAUUCACAAUGUAUAAUAAGAUGA